AUGAGUUCGCAUGGAUGUGUUCGUUCGCCAGCUUACGUACGUGAUUGUAUAAUUCGAAACGAUUCUGAUGAUCAUGUUCAAAUUCGAUUGGUUUAUGAAUCGUCUCCCGAAGACAACAACGUUACAUCACACAGUAUAGUUCAUUUAGGUCAAGGACAGACGCAUCAAGCUGAUGAGAAGACGGUUGAUCAUGGUACAUGGACCGCAGUCCAACCUCUUCAACGUAUUGAAGUGACUCGAUCCGAUGGUCAAAGAAUGCAUUUAGCAGCACCUUUCGAAGGUGUCAAAACUGUUGUUCGUAACUGGCUUUUUGUGAUCGAAAAUGGAAAAAUUAAGUCAGCGGGUCAAAGCGGUUAGAUAAACAGAAAUCGAUGUAUUCUGAUUUGUAUCACAUAUUGACACUGAACUUUGAACAUACUUAGCAUAUCGUACUAAACAUACAAAUAGUUAGUAACUAAUCAUAUUCUCGUAUUUUAUUUCAUGAGUCAAUAUCGAUUGCUCCGCUCUUAUCCAUGCAUCCGUUUGUAACUGUUCAAAAAUUCUCAUCUCUCAGUUAAAUUAUCAAAUAAAUGAUCAUGUCAAUAACUGCGCCUGCUGCUUAUCUCUUUUUCGAUAGCAUGAGAAUGAUUGUUACAUAAAUGGGUGAUAUCGCUAUCGAUCGUAAAACACUGAAAUAUUCAUGUCUGUCUGUCGAAUCUGUGAAAAAAGAGUUCGACCACAAGGGUAAGGCUGAACAAUGCUUCUAUGAAACAGAUUGAAGUCUAGUCGAUGACAAUGUACAUCACAAAAUCAACAUUUUCAUUUCAUAAGCAACGCUGUCUUACAUUACCAGACCUUGCCAUUAUCUUCAGCUUUUCAUGUGGGUGUGGGUGUGCGUGUGGGUGUGGGCAUGGGUGUGGGUGUGGGUGUGGAUGUGGGUGUGAGUGUGUGUGUGGGUGUGGGUGUGAGUGUAGAUGGGGGGGUGUGGGUUUGAGGGUGUGGAAUUAAAUAAAGAGACAGCAAACACCCACACCCUAACCCACACCCACACCCACACCCCCCCAAAACCAAUCCCCCCCCCCCCCCCCCCCCCCCCCCCCCCCCCCCCCCCCCCCCCCCCCCCCCCCCCCC